UCCGGGAAACCUGCUGGUAGCUAAAAUGAAUGAUUGGACCCCUAUUGCAAAGGAUUAUGACCCUCUUAAGGCUGGCAGCAUUGAUGGCACAGAUGAAGAGCCGCAUGACCGUGCUGUCCUUAGAGCCAUGUUGGCUCGUUAUGUGCCUAAUAAAGGUGUUGUUGGAGACCCCCAAUUAACGUUAUUUGUAGCCAGAUUAAGCCAAAUAACAACAGAGGAAAAACUAAAAGAAUUUUUCUCUCGUUAUGGAGACAUACAGAGGAUCCGACUGGUCAGAGACAUCAUUACUGGGUUUUCCAAAGGCUAUGCUUUCAUUGAGUAUAAACAAGAGAGCGCCAUCAAGAAAGCCUACAGAGAUGCCAACAAACUGGUAAUUGAUCAGCAUGAAAUCUUUGUAGAUUAUGAACUAGAAAGGGUGCUGAAAGGAUGGAUUCCACGUCGACUAGGUGGGGGGUUUGGUGGUAAAAAAGAAUCUGGGCAAUUGAGAUUUGGAGGACGUGACAGGCCAUUCAGGAAACCAAUUCACUUGCCAAUGUUUUCGAUGAAUGCUCGUGCUGAAGGGCAUGUUGAUAAAAGACCCAGAUCUCGAUCUAGAGAAAGAUUCCAAGAGUGGAGAGAGAAGAAAACUGAUUAUUCACGGGACAGAGGAAGUGAUCGAAGGUGGCAUGAUCGAUCACAGAACCGACAUAAGAAUGAACAGACUGAAGAGAGACAUUACAAAGUCGAACGGAGCAGAGAUCGGGAGAGAGGAGAAAAAGCCAGACGAAGAUCGGACAACAAAAGGGACAGAAGUAAAGAAAGAGACUUCAGGAAAUAGUGCACAGUGACAGU